ACUUGGCUGACGGAGGUCGAUUUAGAGAAGAAGGAUCGUACAUCUCAUCACGUUUGACCCACAGAGAGUAAAGGAGGCAAAACUCAGAAAAGAGACAAACUGCUGGAGGAAAAUAAUUCAUCUGACAGCAAAGAUGCAGUGGAGUCUGAUUCUGCUCUUCCUGAUGGCUCAGUGUUGCUUCAUUGACUGUCAGCUCUAUGAGUUUCACUACAUUAAUGAGAAUAAAACCUGGACUGAAGCUCAGCAGUACUGCAGAGAGAAACACACUGACCUGGUCACAGUGACUAACAUGAAGGACAUGAAGAGACUCAUCAACAUCUCAGAUGGAGAUAUAAAGGGAGCUUGGAUUGGUGUGUAUAAUCAAACAAAUGGUACCAGAACAUGGUACUGGUCUCUGCCUGGACUGGAGUUCAAUGAAAGUGAGACAAACUGGGCACCAAAUGAACCGACUGAUAAAGGAAACCAAGGAUCUGAGAACUGUGGGAUUGUAUAUCAAAAUCUUAAAUGGCUCGAUCAGGGUUGCAAGUGGCCAGAAUAUUUCCUCUGCUACGAUGAAACUAACACAACCAACAAAUACCUCUUAAUUAAAGACAAGAAGACCUGGACAGAAGCUCAGAGUUACUGCAGAGAGAAUCACACAGACCUGAUCAGUGGAAUGAAGCAACUACAGGAUGAAGAAGUGAAGAAAUUGAUGAACUCUUCAGAUAAUAAAGCAUACUUUGGUCUGUUCAGAGACAACUGGAGGUGGUCAGAUGGAAGCAGUUUCUAUUUCAGACACUGGAAAAAAGACUUUAACAAUUCAGAAUCCAACAGUGGUCAAUGUGCCAUGACUGUGUUUGAUGAUGGAAGCAGAUGGAGGAAUGAGAACUGUGAUGAAAGAAAACCCUUCAUCUGUUAUGAUGAUAAAGUGAUCCUGAUCAAAGAAAAUAAAACCUGGCAUGAGGCCUUGACCUACUGCAGAGAUCAUCAUGAUGACCUGGUCACCAUCACCAACAUGGACGAUCAGAGAUGGAUCCAGGAGAAAGUCAAGAACGCAUCGACUGAUUAUGUCUGGAUGGGUCUGCACUACGCUUGGACCCUACAAUUCUGGAUCUGGGUCAGUGACGAGGAGGUCAGCUACGAGAACUGGGCCGAAUCUGAACCGAUGGACGACUGUGACGUGUCUGGAGCCAUGGAGACGAGAGGAGGACAUAAGUGGUUCAGAAGAAAUGAUGACGAGAAGCUUAAUUUCAUCUGUUCUAAAUAUUAUUACCCAGUGGACCUUGGGAUUCCCCCAGAGGAGCUUGUCCAAGUGGCUGGUGGAGGGAGAGCUGCAGCUUUUCAGUAUUUCAAUGUUCUUCAUCCAACAGAGACAAACUGCUGGAGGAAAAUAAUUCAUCUGACAGCAAAGAUGCAGUGGAGUCUGAUUCUGCUCUUCCUGAUGGCUCAGUGUUGCUUCAUUGACUGUCAGCUCUAUGAGUUUCACUACAUUAAAGAGGCAAAGAACUGGACUGAAGCUCAGCAGUACUGCAGAGAGAAACACACUGACCUGGUCACAGUGACUAACAUGAAGGACAUGAAGAGACUCAUCAGAAUCGCAGAUGGAAAUAAGAAAGAAGCUUGGAUUGGUCUGUAUAAUCAAACACAUGGUACCAGAACAUGGUACUGGUCUCUGCCUGGACUGGAGUUAAAUGAAAAUGAAACAAACUGGGCACCAGAAGAACCAAAUGAUGGAGGACACCAAGGAUCUGAGAACUGUGUGAUUGUGAAUAAAGAUAUCAAAUGGAUUGACAUCCUGUGCCAACAUAAAUAUAAUUUCCUCUGCUACAAUGAAACCAACACAACCCAUAAAUAUCAUUUGAUUAGAGAGGAGAAGUCUUGGCUGGAAGCUCAGAGUUACUGCAGAGAGAAACACACAGACCUGAUCAGUGGAACGAAGCAACUACAGGAUGAAGAACUAAAGGAAGUGAUGAAGACUACAUGGAGUAAAUCAUUUAUUGGUCUGUUCAGAGACACCUGGAGGUGGUCAGAUGGAAGCAGUUUCUCUUUCAGACACUGGAAUCUACAGUUUUACAAUCAGAUAAUCAAUAGUGGUCAAUGUGCCUUGACUGUGUUUGAUGAUGGAGGCAGAUGGAGGAAUGAGAAAUGUGAUGAGAAAAAACCCUUCAUCUGUUAUGAUGAUAAAUUGAUCUUGAUCAACAAAAGAUGAACUGGGAGGACGCCUUGUACUACUGCAGAGAUCACCACCAUGACCUGGUCACCAUCACCAACAUGGACGAUCAGAGAUGGA